AUGACAGUGGUGACGCACAGCGAUGAGCGGCCCAUCUGGAACAUGUACCAGACUGUCAGGUACCUUCUGGACCACUACGUGAACGACUUCGACUGGUUCUUCCUGGUGCAGGACGAUACCUACACGGAGGCGCACCGCAUCAGCCGCCUGGUCGCCCACCUCAGCAUUGAUACCCACCUCUACCUGGGUCGCCCUGAGGAGUUCAUCGGCGGGGAUACUGAGGGACGCUACUGCUACGGGGGUUUUGGCUACCUGCUGUCCCGCAGCCUCCUCCUGCUCCUGCAGCAUCACCUGGAGAGCUGCCGCAACGACAUCCUCAGUGCCCGGCCCGAUGAGUGGCUGGGCCGCUGCAUCAUCGACUACACGGCUGUCAACUGUGCUGAGGAGCAUGAGGGCCUGCGUUACCACUACUUUGAGUUGGGGAACAAUGCAGACCCCGAGCGGGAGACCGACCUCCGUUUCCAGAGCGCCUUCACUGUCCAUCCCGUGCUGGAUCCCCUCCAGAUGUACCGGCUGCACAAGUACUUUGCGCAGGUGGAGCUGGAGAGGACGUACCAGGAAAUCCAGCAGCUCCAGCUGGAGAUCCAGAACGCCAGCAGCCUGUCUGCAGAUGGGGACCACAGCGCCACGUGGCCCAUUGGCAUCCCACCCCCCUUCCAGCCCAAAACCCGCUUCGAGGUGCUGCGUUGGGACUACUUCACAGAGGAGCAGGUCUACGCCUGCGUGGACGGCUCCCCCAAGUGCGAGCUGCGUGGCGUGGACCUGGCGGACGUGGCUGACGUGCGGCGCUUUGCCCCCACCCGUGGCAGGGAGUACGCGCUGGACCUCCAGGUGGAGGUGGUCACCCAGAAGGGGCACAGCCGCUCCGUCACCAAGCGCGUGCACCUGGUGCGGCCCCUCAGCGAGGUGGAGAUCAUCCCUAUGCCCUACGUGACGGAGGCCAGUCCCAUCAACGUCAUCCUGCCACUGACGGCCCACGACCGGGACCAUGCUGCACGCUUUUUGGAAGCUUACGCGGCGGCUGCCUUUGAGAGCAGCGAGAAUGCAGUGCUCACCUUCCUCUUCAUCUAUGACCCCUUUGAGGCCCAGCAGGUCACCCAGAAUGACAUCUUCGCCCCCGUGAAGGCCCAGAUCACUGAGUACGAGCGCAAGUAUGCAGAGGUGAAGAUCCCAUGGAUCAGUGUCAAGACGGACGCACCCUCCCAAAUCAAGGUCAUGGACAUCAUCUCCAAGAAGCAUCCUGUGGACACGCUUUUCUUUGUGGCCGGCGUGGGGACGGAGGUCACCGUUGACUUCCUGAACCAUGACACCAUCAAUAACUGGCAGGUCUUCUUCCCCAUCCACUUCCAGGGCUACAACCCUGCCAUCGCUUAUCACAACCAGGUGCCGCCCACCACGCUGGACCUGCUGCGGGACGCAGGGCACUUUGACCGCGACGUCUUCCACGAAGCCUGCUUCUACAACGCUGACUACAUGGCGGCACGCACCCGCAUGGCGGGCGACGUUCAGGAGAACGAGGACAUCCUGGAGACCCUGGACAUCUACGACAUGUUCAUCAAGUACUCCAACCUCCACGUCUUCCGGGCUGUGGAGCCCGCCCUGCUGCAGCGCUACCGGCACCAGGCCUGCAACCCCCGGCUCAGCGAGGAGAUCUACCACCGCUGCGUGCAGAGCAGCCUGGAGGGCGUAGGUUCUCGCUCCCAGCUGGCCAUGGUGCUUUUUGAGCAGGAGCAGGGGAACAGCACCUGAACCCUGGGGCGUGGGGGGGCUGGCCCUGCCCUGCCUGCUUGCCCCACCUCUUCUGCUGCCCACGUCUGUCUUCCUCUUCCUGGCAGCUGCAGGGACCGCUGGCACCCGA